AUGGCUUGUAUAUGGGGAUCAACGAGAGAGAACGCUCUUGCGUCUAUUAUAGAAGCCUUCAAUAGUGACAUACAGCAUGAGUUUGUUGAAAAGAAGUUUGCCACUUUGUUGCAACAAUGUCUGAAUUCCAUUAAACGGGGAUCCUCCAAGGAGAUAGCUUUGGCAUCUCAUUUUCUUGGAAUUUUGGCUUUAACUGUUGGCCCUGGGGACAAAGCACAUGAAAUGUUGGAAGAAUCAGCGUCUCCUAUUACGGAGGCUCUUAAAUCUCGUUCUGAGACAUCUAAGAUAUCUUCGCUACUGGAGUGUUUGGCCAUUAUCACUUUUGUUGGAGGUGAAGAGGCAGAGGAAACAGACAAGUCAAUGCAAUUGAUGUGGCAGGUCAUUCAUCCAAAAAAUGGUCCUAAUGUAGCUACUGCUAAACCUUCACCACCAAUGAUAACAUCAAUGGUAUCUGCGUGGUCUUUCCUCCUUGCUACCAUUGAUGGACGGGCACUAAACCCAAAAAGCUGGCAAGGGUCAAUCUCUUACUUUUCAACUCUGCUGGACAAGGACGACAGAGCUGUACGCAUUGCAGCUGGCGAAGCACUUGCUUUAGUUUUUGAAGUCGGGAAUCUUGAGAAGUUCUCUGUUGAAGAUAAAGGAUCUAGUGACAGCUCCACAGAUGAAGCAAACAAAUCUAAGAAUAUUUUGCAUAUCCAAGGAUUAAGAGCGAAGGUCCUGAACCAGAUGAGAAGCCUUUCAGUAGAGGCAGGAGGCAAAGGAUCAGCCAAGAAGGACCUCAACAGCCAAAGAAACACAUUUCGAGAUAUCUUGGAAUUCCUUGAGGAUGGUUACAAUCCAGAGAGCUCAAUGAAGAUUGGUGGGGAGUCACUUACCACAAGUACCUGGCGUCAACUGAUACAGUUAAACUUUCUAAAGCACUUCCUUGGAGGAGGUUUUGUGAAGCACAUGCAGGAAAAUGAAUUUCUUCAUGAUGUCUUUGGUUGCACACCGAAGAGAAAAUUGCUUUCGGGUGUUGAGCAUCGUGUAUCUGGAACAGAAAAGAGGCUGUACAAGUCACCAAACUCAGUCGCUAACAAGGCUAGAACUCAAUUUCGAAACAAGCAAAGGAUGUUAUCUCAGGCAAGUAAAAACCUUCUUCUUCAUUCUGGUCAAUUUACGUGUCCAUGAUGUCAUCGGGUCGUACUGCUGGUGAGUAGAUAUCUGAACUUCACUUUCCGAUGUCUCACAGCUGGCAGAUGAGUUCUCAUCAGUUUAAAUUUCUUUUGUUGAUUCUGCCAUCUUAUGGAAUAGUAUCUUUUUGGGAGGUAGUGUUGCAUCUCCUGUUAAUUGUAUUAAUCACUCAUCAAAGAUUCUCUUAUUAGCUUUGAGUUCCAUCUGGGUUCGUGGCUAAAGAAGGAAUCUCUAACUCGAAAAAAUAUUUUGUCAUAAUUUUAUGGCCUGUCAUGUCUAUCUAACUAAGUAUACGUGUGGUGGUAUUUCGCAGGAUAAGAAUGUGAGGUGCUACUACACGGCUGGUGAUGAGGCCUGAAGAUUAUUAGUUGAAUAGAAUCGCAGUUCACAAGCUAAUAUAUAUAUACAUUUGGAUAUAUUUUGGUUCCCAUGUUAAGAUAUUCAUUUCUAGUCGGACAUUUGUAUAAAGAUAUGGUUGAAACUCCGAAGAUGAUUAUAUCGUCUGUGGGAAGCUUGUUGGUUCCUUGUUA